AUGUCAAAUUUUCAACGGACGCACAGUAAAGUGUGGUGGAAUGAUUCACCGCCGACUGUAGGAAGCCCGGUAGCCAAGGUCGAAUGUACUCCGAACCGUAACGAUUGGGAGCCUCAACUGCCUCAUUGGAUCGCAAACCCACCUGAACAGAAGGACAAUAGCACCGAUGUCAUUGUACAACCUAUUCAAAUAAACCAAUGGCCUCUGCGUCAUGGUAGUCCGGGCAGUCAUAAGAGUCAAGAUUCUGGAUUCUCGGAUUCUGACAGCUCGCCUCCACCGUCUCAAUACUAUCAGCCACCAGAGCCCAGCGACAGCAAUAAAUCAUCGAGUAGUAGCGAUUCAAACAACAAUGAAAAUAUAACUGUGAAACAAGCGAGCAAUUUCCAAAAUUCGCAGCAAAGCCAAGAUGUUUGCGAUGCACCCGAUAGCUUUCCUGUUGACAUGCCUACUGCAAAGCCGCGCCUCAGAAGCAGCAGUGUUAUAGAAACUCCAUACGACUUGCAGAAGUAUUGUGAAGUACAUCAAGACGAGGAACACUUGGAACUAUUAAAAGAUAAAGACGUUGAAGAUGUUAAUCUUAAUAAAACUGAACCAAAGUAUCCAGCACCGAAAAACAUUUACAAAGCAAAAUCGAAUAAAGAAAACACAAAAAAUGUUUUAAAUAAUAAAGUUAAUGGUAAACUUGCAAUAAAGAAAAUUGAAAAUAAUAAAGAAGUUAAGGAUUUAACGCCUACUAAAGCAAGUAAGAAGGAAAAUAUAAUUCCCAAGAAAAGUGCAAUAGAAAAAAAUACCAAAGACAUACCUGUAAAAAACAUUAAUGUUAUAAGUCCUUCCAAAAAGUAUCCGGUUAAAAAGACAUUUAUAUCGAGUACAGAUAGUGAUAAUACUAAAGUUAUCAAAUUAGCUACAGUGAAGGACCUAGAAACAAGCAAAAAUAAAUUAGAAGAGAGUUUAGAGUAUUUGAAAUUAGAAGACAACAAUCAAAUAGCAGUGAAUAAUCAACCUAGAAAUCGAACACCAAUAGCGAAUGUUUCUUACAUACGAUCAGAAAGAACAACUACACCAAAAGCAGAAUUUAUCAAACGUAGUAUAUCUAACGAGUAUAACCUUCCAAUAUCAGUAACACCCAAAUUCCAAAGAAAUAGGCUAAAUAAAUCACUAAACUUUGACGCUCAGAAAUUAGACCAGCAAAUACUUGAUAUUCAAGAAGGAUAUCAUUCAUUAGGAUACAUCGACGAAGACGAUAUUACAAAUGAAGCAAUGCCUUAUGAACAGGAACAAAUCCACACACCUGCUAAAGCCAUACUAGGUAAAAACAUUAUGGACAGUCUUAACCUAAAACCCAACAAAAAGGCAGGAUUAAAAGCCAAACAACGUAUGGCGAAUAAAGGAGAAAAGACCAAGAAUUUAUUCAGAAUAUUUCCGAGGAAAGAAAAACCAACAAUAGUUGACACUCAUGCAGGAGGGCAUCUAAACGGUAGUCGUGUUCCUUCCUUAGGUCUUCCAAGAUCGAAAGACCAAGAUACUUGGGUAGAAGUAGGAUAUCCUGAGAGGGAAAUGCUGAUACCACACUAUAAUGAAAGGCUAAUUGCUACUGAAAGUGAGUUAAAUCCCAAACCCAAGGACAAACAUGAAGAAGAUUAUCUCAAAAGACUUACUCCUCCUCCUCAGUUUCAAGAUAAACAAAAGACACCUUACGAAACUGAUUCUGGAAUAAACAAGAAUUUGACGCAUGACUCGAAGAGAGAGAAGUUAAAAGGUGAAAUGGAUUUUGUUGAUGUCCAGUUAAACUUGGCCUGUACUUCAACGCCUAAGAUGUUGACUCCUUACGAAUUCAUGGAUGUCUCAAAAAGUGAUAGAAAGAUCACACGAAGGAUCAAUUUAUUCGAAAACUUUAAUGGCGGGUUAGUAUUAAAUAACCAGAACGAAAUUCUGUACAGAGAACGUUCCAUAGACCAGACAUGCUUAGAACGUCUUUGCGUGAGAAAGCCAGAGCCUGUUCAAUACUGGCUCUGUGAUUUAGUAGGAUCCUGUGAAAACGAGUGCAUGACAACCCUCCAGAGUAAACCUUUAGGUGCUGAGAUGAAAGCUCUCGUGUCUGCAAGCUCCGCUACGAUAACAGGGAAUAUAAAGAAGGUGCAAACACAUGGACAAAUAAUAGUACACCAGUACAGUGAUGUAUUGAGGCAAAUAGAAGCCGACAAGUCAACCGAGGAACAAAUAUGCCUGUUAGUGGCCAAUAUAAAUGAGUUUGUGCUCGCUCACAGCAUAACUCUCAACACAAAGCCUCCUGGAGAAUCUCCCGAACGUUGGGACAAAAUUAAGAAGUCACUGCAGCUGUAUUUGCAGAAGUUGAUAGAUAUUGGAGAAGAUGUUAAAGUAGAGUUGAAUGAGAAUCAUCCAGAGUGGAGUUUAGUACGGAAGCAUCUGAAGACGCUUAUUGAGAUAUUUUUGGAGACGACUAAGGCUGUGCUUGUGCAGCAAAUGAAGACUCUAGUAUCCAUUAUCGAGGAACCACCAUCAGACAUGAUCCUUAAAAGUACGUUGACCUCCAUCGGUCACUUGGCGAUGAUGAGCGAGUCGACAGAGGAUUCAUUGCACGAAGAAUGUACGAAAAUUAUGAAAUGUAUAACCGAGUUGCCUUUUGUUGACUGCGCUGUGCCCAGGGCUCUAUUGACAGCGAUUAUUGAAUCGAAUAAGAGUUCUAUAAAAGCGCUGUCACUACGUGCGCUUGCGACUGUCUGCGUGACGGGUGAUGCUGUGAAACAGUUUGAAGAGGGUGGAGGAAUAGAAAUCCUAUCAGAUAUUCUCUCAGAUCGUUCUAAUCCUGAGCCGCAGAUGCGUGAAGCAAUCACAGUACUCACUCAGAUUACAGCGCCCUGGCUCAGAGGACAUUACGACCUGACUCAGCUCCAUUUGUAUCUCAACACAAUCGUGGAGAACAUUACUGGUAUUCUAUCUAGGACUGAAUGCUGUCAGCUUCUGUUACUUUGCGUGGCGUGUCUCGUAAACUUGGUUCGAGAACUGGAGCUCGAAAGGAAGGAAGAAGAAAUGCAGUCGGAUAUAGUUGAAGUAUUCACAAAGCACCGCACUGUGGAACGAUUGUUAGACGCUGUGAAACGACGGGGUCCCAACAUUUCAGUAUUCUUACAAGAGCAGAGCGCGUCGCUGCUGGCGUCGCUGGCGCGCAUCUCGCGCUGCGUGCUGCUGCUGUCGCGCGCCGCGUCGCUGUGCGUGGCGCUGGUGUGCUUCGCGCGCGCCGCCCCGCCCCCCGCGCCCGCGCCCCGCGCCGCGCCCCGCGCCGCCGAGCUGCGGGCGCAGGCGCGUCUGCACUGCCACACCGCAGAGGCCAUCGCCAGGUUAGCCGUGAUGCCGGACGUAGCACAUCAGAUAGUUCAAUUGGAAGGAGUUCCCCACCUUACCAGACUCGUAAGGUUGCAGCGAACCCGUCCUAUCCACGACACAAACCCGGACCAAACCCUUAUACACUGUCUCAAAGCCCUCAGAACUAUAUACAAACACUGCCCUGAAGCUUUCGACGACAAGAAAGACGUUGACGAGAUGAUCCGACCGCAUCUCAUGGAAUCAUUGAUGCUCUUCUCAGCUAAACAAGAAAGUUAUGUGUAA